AAACGCUCAGUAAAAGAGAAGUCCAGGAUCCAGACUCCAGUCCCGUAUUUUUGCUCCAACCAUGCUGUUGGAACCAGCAGCAGCAAAUGCCUGUUUUGCCUGCCUCUCCUCUCUCCUCUCCCUCUCUUGCUGCACGCUACUCUGCUCUGCUGCAGUGGAUGGUCCUCACGCUGUGCUCGCAACUCGUCUCAGUGGAGGAGAUCUGAGUCUCUCACUGUCGUUUUCCCACCCUUCUUUUUGUUCAAGCCCUCAUUCUUUUGCCACCCCUCCACCCCUAUACCUAUUGUCAGAGGGUCUGGACAAAUGUGAGGGAAAAGUCAUAGGAUAAACGAGAGAGAAGGGAAAAGCUCAGGAAGUGUUUAAUCCAACAUCUCCUGCACAUAUGACUGUUAUGUUCUGCUGUCUCCCGGUGACAGAGAUGCUUGUGCCCUCAGAAACCACCUGCUUCUAGACUCUGUGCCAGACCAGCAGUAUUCAUGGUCACCCUCGCAGUACUUCGAUGAGGACAGCUACUCCUCUCCACCCAGGAACAUGAAAGGUCUCUCUGGCGGCCGCCCUGCCCAGCUCCAGCUCCAGCUCACCUCUCCCAUCUCAGCACACACCUGUGGCCUGGCUGAAUGCGACCAUGCCCUGGACCAUCAUCUCCACCAUGGCAACUCACGACCCCCCUCCUACCUCCUCAGCCCCACAGAAAGCUGCCCCCUUGAGAGUCACCAUCGUUGCUCCCCACGGAGCUCCAUCCACUCUGAGUGCAUGGUGAUACCGGUGUCCAUGUCGGCCACCGACCACUCCAUCUCUAGUAGCACUUUCCCCCGCAUGCACUACGGCAGUGCUUCGCGGGAAACCGGUGGCAACACUUCUGGCGGCAGGGACUCCCGAGACGACGGUGGCUCAUCCUCGCAUGGUGGGAGCGGCAAAAUGAACCGAAUCCCAGCAAACCUUCUGGACCAAUUUGAGAAGCAGAUGCCGCUGCACCGGGAUGGCUUCCACACACUGCAAUAUCAACGCACCUCCACCACAACCACGACCACAGAGCAGCGCAAUGAAAGCCCCGGGCGAAUACGCCACUUAGUCCACUCGGUACAGAAGCUCUUCACAAAGUCGCACUCUCUAGAAGGUUCCUCCAAGAUGAACGGUACCAAAAGCGACUCCCACCGGGAUAGCGCACACCACCAUCACCACCACCAAGGCCACCACAAACACAGCAAACGCAGCAAGAGCAAAGAACGUAAAUCUGACAGCAGCAGCAAGCAACGCUCGGGAGGUUGGUGGAGUUCGGAUGACAACCUGGAUAGUGACAGCACGUACAGAACACCCAGCGUCAUGUCACGGCAUCCUGUGGACCACAUCAGCCACUGCUACCCUGACUCAAUGCAUGGCCACCUGGCUGGAGACCUGUCGCUAAAGACCUCCAAGAGUAACAAUGAUGUAAAGUGCUCAGCCUGCGAGAGCAUAAGCAUGGCACCAGAGGGAAAGUUCAUGAAGAGGAGCUCCUGGUCAACGCUAACAGUCAGCCAAGCCAAGGAGGCUUACAGGAAGUCCUCACUCAACCUGGAGAAGCCCAUGACACCAACCGACCUGAAGCCCAACGUCAGGCCCUGCCACUAUCUACAGGUGCCCCAGGACGAUUGGGGGGGUUACCCUGGCGGUGGGAAGGAUGACGAGAUCCCCUGUCGUCGGAUGCGGAGCAGCAGCUACGUUAAAGCCAUGGGGGACGAGGAGAGCGGCGAGUCAGACUCCAGUCCCAAGACAUCGCCUCAAAAGUUGGUGCGGCCUGACGCCCUGGUCAAGGCCAUCAUCAGACCAAGGGACUCCCAAAGCUCUUACCGCCUGGAUAAAAUCAACAGUGACAUGCGUAACUACAUCACCAAUUUUGCUGCAGACUUAAGUCAGAGCUACCACUUGCAAGCCGCCAGGGACAUGCACCCAAGCAUUGCCCUGGAUCCCUCAACCAACUACAACUCUCCCAAGUUUCGCUCCAGGAACCAGAGCUACAUGCGGGCAGUCAGCACCCUCAGUCAGGCUAGCUGUGUUAGCCAAGUGAGCCAGGUGAGUGAAACAGAAAUAAAUGGUCAGUUUGAAUCUGUGUGCGAGUCGGUGUUCAGUGAGGUGGAAUCCCAGGCCAUGGAGGCUUUGGACCUGCCCGGCUGCUUCAGAACCCGGAGUCACAGCUACCUGCGAGCCAUCCAGGCCGGCUACUCCCAAGACGAUGACUGCAUCCCCCCCAUGGCCUCCACUGUUACCUCCACCAUCAGGGCUACCACAGGGAUCCAGUUCUGCCUUCCCUCCACCUGCAGCAUUGAUCGGACCCCCCAGCAAACCCCAGCCAUCAACUACACAUCCAACUACAAGAAGGCCCCUCCUCCAGUCCCGCCCCGUACCUCCUCUAAACCCCUCAUCUCCAUUACGGCCCAGAGCAGCACCGAGUCCACCCAGGAUGCCUAUCAUGAGGGGAGGAACCCUCAUGGUGGGAUGUGGGUCCCUGACGGCCUCAGCCUGGGGCUGAACCCAGGCAGGGCCCUCUACAACUCCACGGACAGCCUGGACAGCACCAAAGCUGUGACCAUAGCUAUGGAGGCAGCCGGAGUCAUGGCUGGAAAAAGACACCCGUCCACAGACAGCCACAGCUCUGUGCUCACCUGCGACAAGGCCAUCCUGGUGUCCAAGGCUGAGGAGUACUUGAAGACACCUCGAUCCUCUAUAGGGAUACAGGUGGAAGCAGCCACGGACUCUGAAUCUGAAAGCAAAGGUUCCCGGGAGUACCACUCUGUGGGGAUCCAGGUGGAGGACAACAAGAAAGGACAGGGCAGGUUCAAACGCUCCAACAGUGUGACUGCAGCUGUGCAGGCUGACAUGGAGCUGGAGGGUUUCCCUACCAUGGAGGACAAGGGCCUGCAGUUCGGUGGGGGCUUCCAGCGUCACUCAGAGCCCAGCACGCCCACCCAGUAUGGGGCGGUUCGAACAGUACGUACCCAGGGGCUGUUCAGCUACCGCGAGGAUUACCGUACCCCUGCAGAACCCCCCAGCCCCAGGGAGACCACCAGCGAGACCCCCUGGCAGCUGGAACCCCCCUCCCCACGGGAGAACGCGGCCUCGUCAGGCGAGUCUGGCAGGGCAUCCCCCUCUCUGAGGAGGGAUGGGAGCUGGUUCAUGCAACUGCUCCACACAGAGACCAAGAGGAUUGAGGGCUGGUGUAAGGAGAUGGAGGCAGAAGCUGAAGAGAAUGACCUGUCAGAGGACAUCCUAGGUAAAAUCCGAAGUGCAGUAGGAAGCGCUCAGUUGCUCAUGUCUCAGAAAUUCCAGCAGUUCUACUGGCUGUGUCAGCAGAACCUGGACCCCAGUGCCAUGCCGCGGCCCACUUCUCAGGACCUGGCUGGGUUCUGGGACCUACUGCAGCUCUCCAUCGAUGACGUCACCAUGAAGUUUGACCAGCUGCAGCAGAUCAAGAGCAACAACUGGAGACCAGUAGACAGCCCAGAGAAAAAGCCUCCAGCCCCCGUACCAAAGAAGACAGUUCGACAGAGGAGCAUGGUGACGAGAGAGAAAUCCCUGGACCUACCAGACAGGGGGCGGCAGGAGGCCCGUCGGCGGCUCAUGGCAGCCAAGCGGGCAGCCUCCUUCCGGCAGAACUCAGCCUCGGAGCGAGCCGACAGCAUCGAGAUCUAUAUUCCCGAGGCUCAGACUAGACUUUGAGAAGAUAGGGUCCGGGGCCGACAAGUCUCCCUGCUCCCACGUUCAAACAACUUUAAAACUAGCCUUUUUUGUAGACUGCUACUCUCUCUACUCUUCCUUUAUUCAUCUGUUGUCUGAUCUCAAUAGCCAUCCUCAGUGCCCAUCGCCAACACCAUUGGUCUGUAGGAUGUGCCAAGCCUCUUCUCCCAUUGCCAGAAUAAGUGUUAGCAGAAUUGUAUGUCUGACAUGGGUUGGUUGGGUUUCUCCUUGGUUUGCUGGUGAUCAUGAUACCCAGCCUAUAAGCUCUCUCAUUCAAUGUCCUGGAUGGGUAUGUCUGUAGUUUUUCAGCAUUUGCAAAGUGCCAUUUAAAAAGUGCAGCUUUGAAAACCUACCAGCAACCAGGCCUUUGAGCUAAAAAGAGUAAAUGAGAGAAAUUCUAUUUAUUUCCAGUUGUUCAUAAAUGGUCAAAGUUAAUAAUAAUCUUUCAGUAUUUUUAAAUAAUUUAAGGUUACAUUACGACUUCUUUUGUUUCUCUGGUCUUUUUGGGGGUAAAUGUUAAUUACAAGCUAAAUAUCACAAAAUUGUUUAAGUUCAAAAACUUUUGAAAAGUGCCAAUGCUUGAAAUACCUCAACUACGUGCAUGUGGCACUGAUCACCCAUUCAAGGUUAUUCAGGCAGCCCUUAUAAGCUCACUGGUCAGUGGUGAAGAAAUGCAGCUUUCUACUCAAUCUGGUUGUAGUCAAUUGUUUUUCUUGCGUCUGGAUUGGUGGAAGAAUGAUAUUUGUCAGCUCAUUAACAUGCACAUGUCAAAUAACUUUCCUAUACAGUAUAUCUCAUGUUCCUGUUGCCAACUUUCAAAUAUUGACAGUUACUUGAAGCUGAAUACAUGCAAGUCUUGUGCCAACAUUUUCACCAUGUUAAUGCAGUCUAAAGAACUAUGAAGGUUUGUGUAACUCCUUAGAUCAAAAUGUGUAGACAAAUGCACUUAUGCACUUAUUACAAUUCUCUCUAUUUCCAAGGGAAAUGUACAUACCCAAGUUCACAAUAGUACUGUUGUAUUUUUGAAUUGUGAGCGGGAAGAAUAGUCAUUGUGUAUAUAUUUUUCCCUCAUGUUCUUGCCUGCCCUCUCUAUUGCUAUUGACAAAUCUAGAUUUGUUGCAUACGUACAGUGGCUUGAUCACACACACACACACACACACACAAAACCACACUGCUGUGGUUUCAUCUAAUAAACUUCUCUCAGGCCCUUUCAAGUAGCGCCCUCAGCCACAGUUAAUGAGGAGUGAUAGAAAAACUGCCAAAACAUAAACAAAAUUUCUGCAUACUAGUUUCAUUAAUCCAAGAAAUGAUUAGUAAUCUUCAUAUUUCUUGAAAAGUUCUGUGUUGUUCAAAGUCUCCUACUGCAUUCACUCCCUGUAGGAAAGGCUUGGAAAAAAUGAAACAAAAGUGGGGCAAAUGCAUUCCAGAGGGAUGCAAGCAGCAAGUCCCAAAUAACUAAAACUUUGCAAGUCUGUUGAAAGGUAGUCUCACUUUGCCAGACCUUCCUUCACAGGGCUGUGGAGGAGGGUCUGGCUAGUCCACACAGCAUUUCGGGAUGGGAGAAAAACAUGCUCUGGUUAAUUGACAUUUCUUUAAAUCAAUCACAAUCGUCAUGGGCGGUACUAAGCGCCGGACAGAGCCCUGGU